GGCUGCUUCUGGAAACUGCUCUUCAGAUGGAAGGGCAGCAUCUACAAGCUGGUGUGGCAUGAGCUACUUAUCUACUGCCUGUGUUACUUUACGAUCUCCCUUAUCUACCGUCUGGCCCUCACUGAACCCCAGAAGAGGACUUUUGAAGGCAUCGCCUUACACAUCGAGGAGUUCACCAAACUCAUCCCCAUGGCCUUCGUCCUGGGCUUCUACGUGAGCAUCGUCAUGACGAGAUGGUGGGACCAAUACAACACUAUCCCCUUCCCCAGCACCGUCGCCGUCUUCGUCUCCUUCAACAUACGGGGCCAGACGGAGGAGACACGUGUCCUGCGGCGCACUAUCCUACGCUACGUGUGCCUCUCCUUCGCCCUCACCAUGAGCAUGAUCAGCCCACCUGUUAAGAAGCGCUUCCCCACCAUGACCCACCUUGUCAACGCAGGUCUGCUGACCGAGCAGGAGCAGAUGAUAUUCGACAUCAUCCACUGGAGGACGGGUACACCUAAGUAUUGGUUGCCCUUAGUCUGGGCGGGGGCGGUGGUGACUAAGGCCCGCAAGCAAGGGAAAAUAAAGGACGACUUCGCCCUUAACACGAUCAUGAACGAGAUCACCAACUUCAGGAGAGGGUGUCACUCUCUCCUGCACUACGACUACAUAUGUGUACCUCUCGUAUACACGCAGGUAGUGACGCUGUCCGUGUACACCUUCUUCGUCAGUACCAUGAUAGGUCGGCAGUUCCUGGAGGACUCGCAAGACGAUCCGGGGCGCCAGGUGGACAUGUACGUGCCCUGGUUCACGAUCCUACAGUUCGUCUUCUACAUGGGGUGGCUGAAGGUGGCGGAAUCUCUCAUCAACCCCUUCGGUGAAGACGAUGAUGACUUCGAGGUUAAUGCCAUGGUGGAUAAGAACCUGCAGACAUCCUACCUGAUCGUGGACGAGAUGCACGAGGACCAUCCUGAGCUCAUCAAGGACAUGUACUUCGAGGAGGUGGUACCAGCAGCGCUACCAUACA